AUGAUUAUGAACUCAUUAAGUUGGGUUGCUGGUGGAGUAACUUCCAUGAUUAAGAUUGCUUUAAUAGGAUUUCCCAAAAAUCUCGGAGUUUCAACUCUAAAAAUUUUUCAUGACCUCGGGUUUUUCGCGGAAGUAUUCAACGGGAAAAAUACUCUUGCAGGGUACAAUGCAAUUUGUCUUCUAUCAGACUUCCCAAUGGAUGAUGAAGACUUAAUUGAACAAAUUAAUCAAUUUAUUGAUGCCGGCGGCGGAAUGCUGGUAUUUCACAUACAGUCUGACCCAAAUGCUCCUCUUCCUAUCAACUCUCUUCUCGUUAAAUACGGUUUAGCCUUUACUUAUGACUUAUUAAAUGAAAAUUCAGAAGAAAACCCACCAAUUAUCAUACCUGCCCAGUUUGCAGCUGUAAGAGAUAACAACUUUGUUCUUCUUACCGCUAAAUUCAAAGCUAGAAUUGGUCAGUCGUCGAUUGAUAUUACUGCAUUAGAUGAUAUCGUUACUUUACUCAGAUACUAUAUUAUGGUUACAGACGAAUCCUACAUAGAUCAACUCAACGAAAUUUACGAAUAUUGUUGGGAUUACCUUAAAAAGACCGGAUAUUCACUGGAGAACGGCCUCUGCUGCCCAGAUGUUAAGCACGGUAUUAUUGUUGUGCUUAUACACGAGCUGAUGCCGAAGCUUCCAUUGACAGUCUAUAAACCAAUCCCAGAAUACGAAUUCUUUCCAGGGAAAACGGGCGAUGAACCUCUUGGCGAGUUCGAUGUCGAGCUUGUUGUACAACCAGACAUAUGGAUUGCCACUGGUUUAUGGCUUCCUGCUGGAAAAAUCGGAACUGUCGAAUUACAUUCAGAUUAUCCUCUCAAUUUACAGAUACAGAUCGGUUCGCAAGUUACAGGGCUUCUCGCAAAGAACGGUGCUCUUAAGAGAUGGCCAAACGUUGUCUCAUAUUUUCAACUUACAUCCGAAGUUACACAGGUAGCAACUUCAUUCGGUGGCAUUACCUACGUUACAUGCAACGACGUUAUGGAUUCCGUAACUGUUAAAAUACACUUCACAAACUUUUGUUUAUAUCCAAGAGCUUGCUGCGAUGAUCCAUCGGUUUGGAAGUCAACCCAGAACACACAGGUACCGUGGGGUGAAAUAGAAACCCCUUCCUACUGCUGA